UUGGUGAUGAGGUGAUCCCCUCUUUCGAAUUCCCUCGAUUAUUUUCUCCCUUUCCGGGCUUUCCAUAUUAUCUUGCAAACAUGAAGGCUGCUGCCGGCAGUAAUUUUGUUGAGGAGCGGAGAGAACGGAAGAGGCUGCAGAACCGACUGAACCAGAGAGCGCACAGGCAACGUAUCAAGGAUGAAGCCGACGCGCAUCCUAAGAGUCACAAGCCUGACAAGACUCCGUAUCACAUUGAUUGUUGGCGAUUAGUUCAACACCCUCGCCUUUCGGCUCAGGCUUCACGUCCAGCAGUCCUCAGCUCGGGGCAAGCUAUCAACUAUCAACAAAUUCCUAAGCAUGGAGACAGUCAGACACAUGAACUUCAAGCAGCAGAGACUCGCUGGACAUUACCUGGUCUCGAGCCUAAUCCACCUCAAAACUCGGACCAUUCUCUACCUGCUGACCACGUCCUGAUCCACCUAAUCAUCCACAAUGUAACCCGGGGGUUCAUGUACAACAAGAACGUAUUAAGAUUGAUGGCCAACUUCGUCACUGUCUCACAGUAUCUACCCCUCCAUCCCGAAUUGGCAGCAGGGUGUGAAAUGGCGAUAGUUCGGCCGACACACCAAAUUAUACCACACUGCCUCUUGCCAACCCAGCUUCAAAUGAGCACCCCGCAUCCCACGUGGAUGGAUAUGAUCCCAUUUCCAGAAAUCAGGGAUAAUCUUAUCCGGAGGCAGCAUAAUUUCAAUCAUAAGAACUUUCUGAAAGCUCUUGUUGGAGAUCUGGUAUACAUAAUGUCACCGCCUGGACAAGGCAAGGCAGGCCUAGACUCAAUACCAAGUCUAACGCGGCACUGGCAGCAGGAUAGAAGCCUGUCUAGACGUGAUAGGGAAGGAUUUAUUUUAUGGGGAGAGCCUUACUUAAAGGAGAGCUGGGAGGCUACGCCGCUAUUUCUGGCAAAAUGGCCAUGGGUUGUAGAGGGAUGCCAUGAGCUUAUCGACAUCUCGAAUAAAUGGAGGGUGGCGAGAGGUGAAGAUAUUCUCUGCAUGCCUACUUCCUGAACGGAGGCAAACACGCACAUAACAGCAUGUCUCUUAUGGAACUAUAUAAAGGUCACUAGUUGGCCACAUAUAAUAUUAGUCCAGUUAGUCAGUUUAUUAAGAAUGGG